AUGGAGGUGAAAGGAGUGAAGCUUAAGGUCCUUGGGAGGGGAGCAUAUGGUGUGGUACAUUUGGUGGAAACGACUUCUCCUUGUUCUGGGUUGUUUGCUGUAAAAUCUGCACCUUUAACAAAGUCUUUUUCUCUUUCCAAGGAAUGGGAAAUAUUUAAAAAGUUUAUAGGUUGCCCAAAUAUUGUUCAAUGUUUUGGUGGUUUCACGAGUUUUGAACGAGAUGGAGGGUAUUUUUAUAACUUAUUUCUUGAAUAUGCAUCUGGCGGUAGUCUCUUGGAUUUGACGAACAAGUAUGGGGGCAAAAUACCCGAAUGUGAUGUGAAGGAUUAUGCAAGAAUGAUUCUUGAAGGGCUUGUUGACAUUCACAACAGAGGAUACAUCCAUUCUGAUCUUAAACCAGAAAAUAUUUUGGUUUUUCCAUCUCAGACCGGUUCCGAUUUGAAUACUUUAAAGAUUGCGGAUUUCGGGUUAGCUAGACAAUGUGGGGAAAAAGAUAUUCCACAACUUUGGGAAUAUGGCUUUCGAGGCACAGCAGAUUAUAUGUCACCUGAAUCUGUGAUGGGAGAAAUCAGUGGUGCAUUGGAUGUAUGGUCACUCGGUUGCAUUAUUGUUGAGAUGAUUAGUGGGAAAAUGCCAUGGAACUAUAGCAACCUGAAAGAUUUGAGAAACAAGCUUUUGAAUGGAGAAUCACCCAAAAUCCCAGAAAACAUGUCAAGUAUUGGGAAGGAUUUCUUAGCAAAGUGUUUUGCUAGGGAUCCCAAGCAACGAUGGAUGGCUAAUAUGCUGUUAAGCCACUCUUUUCUUAUGCCAGAGUUCAGCUUUUUUUCGUAUGGAAGCAAUCUCCCACAACUCUUCUCAGCCCUUUCUUCAACAAUUUUUGACGAGGACAAAUCGUUAAUCCAAUCCACAAAGAGUUUCCAAAAGGAUGACAAAUUCGGACCAGAAGAAGAUUUGGUUGAAAACUUAAGGUUGCAAGUAAUGAAGAUGGGCGUCUAG